AUGAAGCUGUUAAGCCUUUUCUCACUGUGCUUAGCUGGUUGUUCAGCACUAGGUGUUAUAUACGAAGGGUUCUAUUACACAGGACCAAAAGAACUAGAGACUGUUCGUAUUAUAAAUGGAACUGUUUUUAAUGCAAAUGAUGAAAAUUACUAUUUAGAAAAUGUUGGAAGGUUCAUUAUUCACAAUGAGACAGAUGGAAGCACAUAUUAUGACUUUACUGAGUUGGCUCAAGCUGAAAAUCUCGAUAGUGAUGAAACUGCUUUUAAUACUUAUCUAAUUAGAAUUGCUGCUGGUACUAUAGGAGGCUUGAUUACUGCUAAACCAUGGCCACCAAGAGGGACUGAUUCAGAGACAGAGGACCAAAAAUAA